AUGUCGACGAUUCAAAGCGAUGUGGCUGUUGAUCCCGUAACGAUCGUGAUAAAGGAAUGCAUUACCCUUUCGACUGCCAUGCGCAAAUACUCCAAGUAUACCUCUCAGACCGGUGUGGCAGCGCUGCUGAGUGGCGGUAGUGAAAUUUUCAGCAACCAGGAUGACUCGCUUGCCGAUACUUUCAACAAUUUGUCCACGAGCAAAAACAAAGACCCGCUUUUAUCAGGGUUGGUGCAAUUGAGACUCAUGCUCAACAAUCUGAGCUCGCUGGACUCAAUCGACUCUUUGACUUUACUACAGCCCUUUCUAGUCGUAAUAAGCACACCUACUAUUUCGGGCUACAUCACAUCCCUAGCGCUCGACUCGUUACAAAAAUUCAUCACUUUCAAUAUCAUAUCUGAAAAGUCAAUCAACCACACGGUUGCGUACCGUGAGGCGGUCAAUGCUCUUACGCACUGCAGGUUCGAAGGAUCUGAGCAGACGAGCGACGACUCUGUUCUCUUAAAGGUUCUCGUGUCACUGGAGGCAAUGAUCAAAUCCAAACAUUCUGAUAUCUUUUCCGAUUCGAUAGUAUAUGAGGUACUUCAAACCGUGAUGUCUUUGGCCUGCAAUAAGAAGCGCACCGAAGUGCUUAGAAAGGCGGCUGAGAUGUCAAUGAUGUCCAUCACUGUCAAAAUUUUUACCAGGUUGCGUUAUGUCGAGGCCACAGACUCCCAGAAGUACAUCAACGACGAGGACUUUUCCAAAAAGGUAUUAAAGGAUGACACUAUCGGAACCGGCAUCGAGGAUGCUGUAGAUGAAGCGGAAACAAAGGACGAGCUCUCUUCAACUGAGAGUAUAGAAGAGCAACCUAUCGCCGAAAUGCGGCCACAGUCUCUCGAAGAAAACUACGGCUUACCUGUCAUCAAGGACUAUCUCAGCAUUCUGAUCUCAUUAAUCAUGCCCGAAAAUCAGUACAAGCACAAUAAUUCUACUAAAGUCUUCGGUUUAACUCUACUGAACAUAGCCGUUGAAGUCUCCGGUAACCUAUUCCCAAAUCAUCCCAUGCUUUUCACUUUGAUUUCUGAUCCGAUUUUCAAAAACGUUCUAUUUAUCAUACAAAACACUGACAAGUUGUCUCUUUUACAGUCAGCACUGCAUUUAUUCACUACUUUGGUCAUAGUCAUGGGAGAAAACUUGCAAAAACAAAUUGAAUUGACCUUUGAAAGUAUAUUCGACAGUCUCCAAGGGGACAAAAGCACAAGCUCGAGACCUAGGACGUCAGCUGCCAAGGAACUAAUAAUCGAACAGAUAUCCAUUCUCUGGACAAGAAGUCCUUCCUUUUUCACUAAUUUGUUUGUGAACUAUGAUUGCAACCUCAAUAGGUCUGACCUUGCAACAAAGGUCCUCAGUUCCCUCACUAAACUGGCCCUUCCUGAAUCAGCUCUUACUACAGCAGAUAGUGUUCCACCCAUAUGUCUGGAGGGACUGAUCUCCUUCAUCGACAACAUGUAUGACAUUUUAAAAGGCGCUAAUAGACAAGUCUUGGACCAGAGUUCCAUGAUAGAAGCCCUUAAGGAACGCGCUAAGAAGACAGAGUUCAUUAGAUGUACGGAUGCAUUCAAUGAAAAACCCAAAAAAGGCAUUGCCCUUUUGAUAGAGAAUAACUUCAUCAACUCAAGCUCCGAGAAUGAUAUUGCCAAGUUCUUGUUUGAAGAAAAUGGAAGACUUAACAAGAAGGCUAUUGGUGAACAUUUGGCUAGCCCGGAGAGCCUUCCGCUUUUGAAAAAGUUCAUCGAACUAUUUGACUUUAAAGAUUUGCGUAUAGACGAAGCAAUUCGUAUCAUGCUAACUAAAUUUAGGCUUCCAGGUGAAUCUCAACAAAUUGAACGCAUUGUUGAGACCUUUUCGGCUUCCUACGUGGAAGCUCAAGAAUACGAUCCUCAAAAAGCUGAUCAAAAUAUCGAGAAUGAUUAUGGCACAGUGCAGCCCGAUGCCGAUUCUGUUUUCAUACUGAGUUUUUCUGUUAUCAUGCUCAACACCGAUCUUCACAAUCCACAAGUUAAGAAGCAUAUGACCUUUGACGACUACACAUACAAUCUAAAGGGAUGCAAUGAUCAAAAAGAUUUCCCAAUGUGGUACCUAGACAGAAUAUUCUGUUCUAUCAGAGACAAAGAGAUAGUGAUGCCAGAAGAGCAUCAUGGAACCGAAAGGUGGUUCGACGAUGCGUGGAAUAAUCUGGUGUCCUCGACAACUGUCAUAACUCAAACAACGGUCAACUCGAUCACCAAAGAACCAGUACUUGAUCAAAAAGCAGCUCUUCAAUUCGAUAAAGCAAUCUUUGAAAUUGUCGGGGACUCGAUAGUGAAAACCUUAUUCAAGAUUUUUGAGGUAGCUUCCGAUGACCAUAUCAGUACACGUAUGUUAACGAGCAUUGACAAAUGCUCGCGCAUAGCCUCUUUCUUUGAGCAAAGAGAGCUUUUCAACACUAUUCUCGAAACAAUUGCUAAAUCGACCCUUCUGACCAAACAGUCUUCGAAGCAAUCUUCAGGUCUUCAAGAUAUGAAUGAAAUACCUGUUGUUCAAAUCAAUCUGGAGGAGUCUAAAGAGGUACUGACUGUAAGCAGUUUAUCCGUUCGAUUCGGUAGGGACUUCAAGAGUCAACUAUGCAAUGUUGUGCUGUUUAGAAUCUUACAGCAAAAUGACUACUCCGACAUGGUUGGUGAUAAUGUGUGGACCUUGGUAGUUGAAAUAUUGCUAAACUUGUUUGAAAACUUCCUUAUUUCGCCAGAUGUUUUCCCUGAUCUUCAGAAAACCUUAAAGAUUGGAAGGCUACCAAGACCGGCCCCAGAGUACUCGAUUAAUAAAUCGAAGAUAAACAAAGGUCUUCUUUCUACUUUUGCAUCCUAUUUGAAAGGUGAUGAAGAACCUACCGAUGAGGAGCUAAAAUAUUCUUUGAGCGCAUUGGAAUGCAUAAAGUCCAGCAGAGUUACUUCCUCAAUUUUUGGCAACGAGAAUAACGUCAUGGGCCCGCUGGUUUCGGUGCUGUUGAAGUCAGUGCCAAUGCAACCUUCUUCGGAAAAUAGCAGAUACUUCGAGUCCGAGAUUUUGUUUAUUAUGGAAUUGGCUUUAGCCUCUUACUUAUUCUGCAAAGACAACAAAGAUGUUGGAAGAGCAGUCCUCUCGAAAUUGAAGGACAUCUCGGCGCUCAAGGAUGGAACAAAGGCAUUCAAGCAACGUAUUUCGGCUUACAAGCUUCUUCUGGUCUCGGUUUUGGACGAGCCGCAAGCAAUAACAGACUUAAUCAAUAAUGACGUGCUCGCAGAGAAAGAGAUUUAUAAUUCCGAAUUCUUCGUCAGUGAGCAGGGCUUUGAAAUGCUGCGGAUGAUACUUUCUCUCACCGAAAUUGAGAACUACAACGCAGUAUUGUUGCAGGACGAUGGGUUCUGGAAAAUACUUCGUCUUUUUGCAGCUACUGAAGGCCACACAUUUACCGUUUUCGAAUUUUUGGACAAUUCGAUCUUGAAAAAGGAGCACACGGUAAUGCCUACCAAUUUUCUAUCGGUGCUUGGUCUCCUGGACGAGAUUUCAAGUGUCGGCGCAAUGAGUGGAGAGUGGGAGGAACACAAUGAAAAGCUGGCUGCAAGUGGGCAAAAGCCUCGAAAUGAAAACCCUUACCAGGAUGCUGUCGAAUUAUCUUUGAAGUCAAUUAACGCGACCUCUCGGUUGUUGGACUUGAAACAUUCUGAACUCUUCAGCCAACGUGAGCUAACCGGCUUGCUUCAAGCUCUUGCUCAUCAAUGCUAUAAUCCUUGUUUCCAGCUGAGAAGCUAUGCCCUCAGCAUGUUGGAUGGAGCACUUUCGAAGCAUCUUGACAUGUUUUCAAAAGCAAUGGCCGUGUCUGAAAUCUUCGAAAACGGUCUUUUGGCUAUUAUGGAAGGCGAUAAGAAACGUGCCUACGUCCCCGACAUUAUGGCCUUAUUCUCAAAAGUUUACAUCCACUACUUGAAUAACGGGACGGGAGAUAAUGAGACCUUCUUGAAGUUAAUGAAUAUUUUCGACAAGUAUGUUGAUGAUCCGGCCGUGGAGAAGACCUUGCGAGACCUUCUUACAGAGAAGAAGCAGUUUGACAAAACAUCGAGUUUUGCAAAGGACGAUACUGAUGGAGAACCGCAGAAAGAACUUGGCCCUGCUAUUAGCAGCGAGUAG